AUGGCAUCCGGUUCGGCAGACCAGUUGGUGCAGUUGCUCGGUGAAACGAUCGAAUGUCCGAUCUGCCUCAGCAGCGUCGACGACCCGCGACUUUGUCCGGCCUGUUCGAAGCUCUUCUGCCACGGCUGCAUUCGCCAGUGGUUGCAGAAGGAGGAACUUGAAAAUGGCAGCUCAAAGUGUCCGAACUGCAAGUGCAACCGAACGCUGGAAGAUUUUGUAUCGUUUCGCAGUGGCAGUGCGAUCGAUGCACUCAAGUCGCUUGUUGACAGUAAGAAUGAUUCCAGCAUCUCGAGAGUGUCCGAGGGCCAAACAGUUUGCCCGGAAAAAGUGCAACAGGGCUUGCGGAAACUGUUGCUAGAGACCGAAGCCGUCUUCAUCGAAACGGAGCAGCGCAUCACGCAGGAGCUGGACAAGCAGCGGGCACUUUUAAAGCAAUCCAAAGAUAAUCUCAUCAAAACGAUCAACAUUAUGGUGCAGCAGGAAUUUCGCGAGAUACACAAGCAGUUUCAUGACAAAAUCGAAGAGGCCAAUGCAUGGUCGGACAUCUUGACCAAAAACCUAGACAAACAUCAGAUUAAGCUGGAGACGGCCAAGUAUAUGGUGGAGAACGAGCUGAUCGAGAAUCUGUUGCACAAGCGACCGGAGCUGGAGCAGACGUGUGCGAAGUUGGUUGAGGAUCUCAAAGUAACCAGUCCUAACGUUAAACCAUACCAGUUCAAUAGUCAGCUGAUUCCUGAAGCAUCGGCCUGGAAGUUUUCCGUGCGUAAGUAUUCGGCGGCACGGAGCUCGAACGAAGUUCAGUAUUCCGACCUCGUCACGGAUGACAUUGGCUCGGUGUGGCGGCUAGAGGUGCACCCGAAUGGCUACGAUGAUGCCAAAAACAUGUCGCUCAGUAUUUUCCUUCAGCUGUACAGCGGUAUCGAGGGGCAGUAUCACUACUCGGUCGAGUUGCUGGGCGCCAACCGAAGCCAUGUCUAUGAAGACGAGACCUACUUCGAGCUGCGCAAGGGUUGGGGUCAAAAUCAUUUCAUCGAUCUGAAGGCGCUGCAGGAAUCGUAUCUGCUCGAGGACGGCUUAGAGCUGCGCUUUUCGGUACGAGCGCUGAAUCUGAUUGACAAGUACGAAAAAAUGAAGAAACGAGCGUCCCUGCUGGCGGCCGAGGUGGAACAUUUGAAGAAGGAAACUAAACCGGACUGCCUCAACCAUGUGUUUACCGUGCGGAACGUUGUGGAGGCGGCUAAAAAUUUCGGAUGUCUAUACUCAGACGUCCUGACUGACGACCUUGGCGGUAGCUGGCGGCUGCAAAUCUUUCCCGGUGGCAAUGGCGAAUGCAAAGGAAACUUCUUGAGCAUUUUCCUCGAGCUAUGCAACGGCAUUCCUAACAAGUACGAGUUCACCGUGGCGCUGCUGCAUAGGGCAGAGAAGAAGGUUGUCAAGAAGACGCUCGAGUACUGCUUCCAACCGGCGCUGCCGUUUGGCUGGAAAACAUUCUUGGGCCGCGAGGAGUUCAUCAACAACGGCUACAUCCAGAAGGACUCGCUCUCGAUCCGCCUCACGAUCACGCCACCGAGUGCGCUGCAGAAGUUCAACUACCUGCGGCAGUACCAUGAGCGUGCCCUGGCAACCAUGCCGUUGGCUCGACCCGAGUCGUCGUCGGUCGUGGAGGAACCGAAACCGUCAUCCUCCCACGAGCCGCUCGAAGCGCGGCUGCGCAAAAGUUCCAUCAGUUUCGUCAAAAACCUGUUCACGAAAUCCCCAAGCACGGAGCAACCGCAAUAGAGGGGGCCCGAAAAUGAAAAGCUCCCAUGG